CCAAUUAAUUAAAUGUUAGAACAUUUGUAAUUUUUUUAUUUGUUUGGGGAUAAACCUCCAUCAAAUCGAAUAUAAGAAAAACAAAAGGCUGCCGCUACCCUUUUCCCUCCUAGUAUCACAGACAAGCUCCAGUCUCCUUCAAUUCAACUAACUGCCCGGAGAUACCAGCCGGAGUCCGUCGUCAGCCGCCACCAACAGUUGUGUUUGUUUGGGUUUAUAUUUGAAGACCUAAUGCUGGUGAAUGCUUUGUGUUGAGAUGGAUUCAACCCAUUUUACAACUGAAUUCUUGCCUAGAACAUUGAACCCUUUUUCACCUUACAACAAAUUUUCAUUUCUUAAACCUUUCAAUAAACCCCCAAACCUAAAACUUAAACCCCACAAAGGAUUUCGAGUUGUUUCGUUUUCGCAAAAUCCGAAACCGAGUAGUGAAUUGGCAAUUUCUGGAAAUAAUGAUAAUGUGUGUAGCAUAAGAGAUGUUCGAUCUUAUGCGGGUCGUAGUAAGAAGAUUGGUGGUGCAUCGUCUUCUGGUGGUCGACUUGAAGGCAAUGCUGAGUUUCGGAGACGGGUGAAGCGUAAUGCUAGAACGAAAAGUAAGAAGCUUGCUGAGUCUUUAUUCUAUAGGUUGAAAAACCCUAGAGGGCGUGGGAAUUAUCCGGAUAAUUUCUCUGAGGAUUUGUUACAGCAAAUUGGUCUUGGAUAUGAUCGGCUGGUUCGGUUCAUGGCGAAGGAUGAUCCGAAUUUGCGGCAUCCUUAUGAUUGGUAUAAAUAUGGUGAGUAUGGACCGUAUUCUUGGCGUGGAAUUGUUGUUGGUGAGCCGGUUAGUGGUGGGAUUACGGAUGAGUGUGUGACGAUAAUUAAUGAAGUUAAGGAUCAUGAAGAGUGGGAGGAGAUUGAGAAGUCGGAUAUGGCUGCAGAUUAUGGGAAAAAAGUGAAGCAGUUGGAUCAAACUAAAUUAAGGUAUUUUUGGGUUUUCAUUAGGCACCCAAAGUGGAGAGUUUCAGAACUUCCUUGGCAGCAAUGGACAUUAGUUAGUGAAGUAGUGCUUGAAGCUGGUAAGCAGAGAUUAGAUAAGUGGACUUUGAUGGGUAGACUUGGGAACAAGGCGAGGUCGUUGGUAGCGCAAUGUGCAGCAUGGAUGAGACCUGAUAUUGUGUAUGUCAAGAAGCCAGUGUUCCAGUGUAGGUUUGAGCCACAAGAUAACUUUUUUAAUGCGAUAAUUCCGUUUCUUGAUCCUAGGACUGAAAAUGAUUACCUUUGUGAGUUGCAAAAUGAUGAUGGAACUGUUGAGACGUGUACUUAUUAUGGUGGAUUGUGUAAGAUCGUGAAGGUGAAUCAAAAGGCUUUUGUUGAUGAUGUUGUUAAUGCAUAUCAGAAAUUAAGUGACGAAAAAAAGUCAAAAUGUUUGGAGUUUCUUUUGGGCCAUCAUCCGGUGGAAAUUCUACAUCCGUAUACUAAAGAGUGGAAGGUUAAGUUAGAAGAGAUGGAGCUUGGCUGUGACGCUCCUGAUGAAGAAGAUGAGGAUAUUGUUGGUGAUAAUGAUACUGAGAUUUUAGAUUGGAUUGAGGAUGAAGGUAGUGAUGGAGAUGGUGAUGAUGAAGAAGAGGAAGAGGAAGAGACUGACAAUUUUGAUGUUAAUGAAGACCAAGAUCUAGUUACGGACAUGGAAGAAACUGAAGAUGGUAAAUUUCAUGCCUUGGAAGAAGAUGUAAAGGGCUGGAAUGAGUUUCGAAAAGCAACAAAUAGUGCAGAGGCAAUGGAAAAUAUGGUAAGGAAGAGUGUUGAACUUUCUACAAAAUUAUAUAAGAAGCAAAUGAUGACAGCGGAGGAAACGGAGGAAGCAGAGGAAAAAAGGAUGCAUUCAGCAGAUGGAGACGAAACUGUCUUGAGAGGAAAGAGAGCAAAGGUUAGUCCUGAAGAGUGGAAGUACAUUGGGCUCGGUCCAUGGAGAAAAAAGAUUAAGAAGAGCAAACUUCCUCCAGACCUAUUUCUGCGAGCGGCUGUUCGACCGUUCACUUACAGAAAUCUUGUUAAAGAGAUUGUUUUAACUAGGCAUGCAAUUUUGGAUGGUGAUAUUGGUAGGAAAGAAUAAGGAUAUAGUUGUGUAGGAGUGAUGUCGAAAAAUCUUCAUGUGGCUCAGCAGCUUUCAUUGCUCAUCAUGUAAGUUGAGAGUAGAAAUGUAGAAUGAAUUAUUUGCAUUGCUUUGUAAAGACUUUUUCAUGGUUACCUAGUUUCUGAAAAAGAUUAUGACAGCUUGGGAAAUCAAUUUAAUCAUACUUGUUCUUCUUUGUCUUUUCAAA